AUGCAAACCUCAGUGACAGCUAUUCAAAAACAACAAUUAGUGUAUGAGAAUCAUUUGCAGCAACUUGAGUUACGGUUUGAGAAGAUCGAGCGGGGUGAAGUUAGUGGGUUACCGGGCCUCAAGGAGGAGGUUGCUUCUAUGAAGACCGAGCUCCACAAAAUGCAGAACUUGGAGUUUGAUCUGUCAUCCCUCCUUCCAACAGAUGGUGAUCAGGUUACAGGCACAGCAGCUCCGGACUUGGGCCUUGACUUCUCUACACUCAUGACUGACACUGCCCCUCCUACAGCCGGGACUUCCCAACCUCCAUCUCCGCCUGUACGCAUUGACAUUCCUGAUGAGGAGGUUUUCGGACGAUCUACUGAGUCUGAGGAUGAGGAGGCAGAUGAGGGUGAGGAGAAGGAAAGUUCAUGGUCCUCGGAGGAUGAUGGCCCUCAGGAGAAGGGCAAGCAUGUUGUUGUUCCUACAAAUGAGGAGGUGGAGCAAGCAAAACUUCAGACAGCAAUUGAACAUUCGCUAGCAGAUUUGGCCGCCCCUGCAGAUUCAUCGGCCACUCAGCCAUCAGUGGGCGAGGCUAGCAGCUCACAGGUCCCAGCUCCAGCUCCAGUUCUUGACCAGCCAGAGAUCCCUACUGCAGUCGAGGUCCCUCCUCAGACCGAGCCCUCAUCGGUCCCAGCUUUAGCAUCGGAGAGUGACCCCACCACCACUGAGCAGGCUAUUGACUCCCAUAGUGCUUAG